CCCUAUUUUGGUAGAUGGCGUCGUCGGUAGAGAAGGAUCACGAAGGCACGGUGGCUGAUACCGGAGAUCAGAAUGAUUCCGCCGUGGUACCCUCGGAGACUGUCGGCGGAGGGGAGAAGAAGACGACGACGACGGCGAAGGGCAAGGGUCUGUUCUCGCGAAUCUGGAACUGGAUAUUUAGGGUUAAGGGAGACGACUUCGAGAAGAGGCUGAAAGGCAUAUCGAAGGAGGAAGCCACGAUCAGAUCCAGGAUGAAGCGAAGAUCGGUCACCAGGAGGAAGCUCAUUAGGAAUCUAAUCGCUUUCUCCGUCUUCUUUGAGGUGAUUGCUGUGAGCUAUGCGAUUAUGUCAACUAGAGAUGAAGAUUUGGAUUGGAAACUGAGGAGUUUCAGGAUCUUGCCUAUGUUUCUUUUGCCCGCUCUUGCUUUCCUUACCUAUUCUUCUCUCGUUAGCUUCACCAGGAUGUGUGACCGCAGAGAUCAGAACACAUUGGAGAAGCUUCAAGGUGAAAUGCUGGGAAAGAUCGAUGAGUUGAAAGAGAGAACCAAUUACUUCACCACGCUCGAUAUUCUUCGUAGGUUUGACCCUGACCCAGCUGCAAGAGCGGCUGCUGCAACUAUUCUAGCAUCCAAGCUGGGUGCUGAUUCAGGCUUGAAAGUGUAUGUAGGAGAUGAAUCCCACCUUGACCCCGCCACAGGCAAGAGCAAUGACAUGGAGAUCAAACACUCGCAAGGUCUCAGGAAUCGAAAACAGCCAAAUGCAAAACGCAGCGUUGCUGGGACCACUUCAUCAACCCACCAUUCAGAUAAUGAGUCUAACCAUUCUGGAACAAGCGAAGGCACCACAGAGCAAAACCAGCAGAUGGCUUUUGAGCAUUUUAACCCUCAGGGAUAUGCUGCUCAUGAUGGCAGCUGGAUCUCACGUAUAGCCGCUCUCCUCGUGGGUGAAGAUCCAACUCAGUCAUAUGCACUCAUCUGCGGAAACUGCCAUAUGCAUAACGGACUUUGCCGGAAAGAGGACUUCGAGUACACUACUUACUACUGUCCUCAUUGUCGGGCCCUGAACAAGCCGAAGCACUCAGGAGAGCAAUCACUUGUUCCUCCUGCUAACACAGUCUCUCUGAAUCCAAUGGAAAGCGAAGUGAUUAAUAGCAGUAGCUCCACUAGUGAGCGUGGUGAGAGUCCAGUCCCUGCCGAGAUUGUGGGAGAAGCUCCAGAAACGACUGAGCUGAGCUAAUAAAAGUUAUAUUGUGAGGUAAAGAAAAAAGGCUUUCAUAUGUGGUUUGUGGUAGAAAGAGAGUUUGAGAUGAUCGUUUUGGUAAUGCUAAAGUCUUAUACCUGCUUUGCAAUUUUGAUUGUGGAAUGAACGUCUGAACAAAGACAAUCCUAAUAGGUUUUUAUUUCUUUUAUCUUAUUUUUCGUCUUUCCUUGUAAACACAUCGCACCUUGUAUUUUUUUUUAUCUUCUUUACUUUGGUUUGGCUUUUGGCUUGUCUCUAGUUUGAACUCAAGAUAAUGGUUUCGAGAAA